AUGGGCGGGGCCACCUCACUUGGAGCCAGCUGGUGGCCUACCAGCCACGGUCUCGCGAGCCCGCCGCGCGUCGAAGAGCGCGCUCUCCAGGGCAAGGCUCGAAGCUGGGCGCACUCGUGUUAUUGUUUUUUUAGUAGCGGUGUUCGGUUCACAACAAGCUGCAUCAACACACUUUCUCAGAGGUCCGCGCGGAUUUCUUGGCUCGGCGCUGCCCCCCCCCCCCUGGCGGCGUCUCCGGCGCGGCCCCUGGCGUGCUCCGCGCGCCAGGGAGGCGGGUCCGCGGCGCAUCCGAGAAAUUCGCGCGCAGAUCCGAGAAGUCCUGUGUGUGGAGUUGAUGGAUUUCUUUUCUUGGCAUCUUCUGUUAGUGAUGUUAAGUUCUGCGCAUAA